AUGGCUGAGGAAGCGCAUAAGGUUACGUUGAAUGUCUACGAUCUAAGCCGAGGCUUGGCACGCCAGCUCUCGGCAUCGCUUUUGGGAAAGGCAUACGGGCAUGUGCCAGCUGGAACAACUCAGUAUGGAACACCCAUACGAACGAUAGAUUUGGGUGAAACACAUGUUCCUGAGGAUGUAUUCGAGAUGUACUUGCAAGAGAUCAGUCCUCGUUACACUGCUGAGUCCUACAAUCUGCUUACUCACAACUGCAACAACUUCAGCAACGAGGUCUCUCAGUUUUUGGUGGGUAAAGGAAUCCCAGAUUACAUUCUUCAGCUUCCCAACGAGGUCUUGAACAGCCCCAUGGGUGGUCUUCUAAUGCCUAUGAUACAAAACCUCGAAACCACUCUGAGAGCAGGCGCUGUUCCUCAGGCUCCACAGUUUAGGCCACAACGACAACCUUUUUCAACUUUUGGCAAAGAUGAAGGUCCAAAUCCAUAUGGCAAACCCAACGAGAAUCACUUCAAAUUUGAGAAAGCUUCAAAGUCUGAGGAAGCAACAACUGCAGUUCCUACUGAAAAAGUGCCACCUGUUGUUCAACCGUCGGCUGGUAAAGAGAAGGUGAAAGAGGACCCAUUGGGAGACGCUAGGACCAAGAUUCAGGAAGAGAUUACCCGCGAGUUUGCAGCUCUCAUGGCACAAGGCACACUACGAGCAAGCGAGGCAGCUGCUAUGGCGACGAAAAGAGUCAUGCAAAAGUAUGGACAUCUCAAUGUAGCCGCUUAA